AUGCGCUUCGCAACGCUCCUCCUCGCUGCCGCCGCGCCGCUCCUGGCCCGCGCGGCGCAGCUGCCGCUCGGCCUGUCGCUCGAGCGCACGGCCGACGAGACGACGCUGCACACCUUCAAGCACCCGGCCUACCCGGCGCACACGCUGCGCUUCACCAGCCCGCCGGGCGCCAUCUGCGAGCGCCAGUCGCGCUCCUGGAGCGGCUACCUCGACGUCGACGUCGACGCGCUGCACGCCCACGAGCACGGCGCGUCGCUGCCGCUUAAGCGCAGCGCCAAUGCCACGCUCGAGCACUUCUACUUCUGGGCCUUUGAGAGCCGCUCCGAGCAGGCGGCGCAGGACCCGACGGUGCUGUGGCUCAACGGCGGCCCCGGCUGCUCCUCGUUCACGGGCCUCCUGAUGGAGCUCGGCCCGUGCAACGCCGCGCCCUUCAACACCAGCAAGGGCCCGCACACCGACUUCAACCCCUACGCGUGGAACAACAACGCCACGAUGCUCUUCCUCGACCAGCCCGUCGGUGUUGGCUUCUCGUACGCCUCCUGGGCGGACAAGUCGCGCAAGGACCCCGCGCCGGGCCGCAUCUACGAUGCCGAGGCAGCCGCACGGGACGCUAGCGCCUUCCUGCAGCUCUGGGGCAUGCACGCAAAGGAGCUGUUCAAGAACGACGGCGUGACAUCGUUCCACAUCGCCGGCGAGAGCUACGCCGGCCGCUGGAUCCCGCUCAUUGCGGCUCAGCUGCUGCGUGACAACGAGGAGGCUGUGGCGCAUCCCGAGUACGGCAUCGAGCCGCUGCCGCUGGCUUCCGUCCUGAUCGGCAACGGCAUCACGAGCCCGAAGCACCAGUUCCCGGCCUACGUCGAGUACUCGUGCGCCAACAAAAGCGGCUACGGCACGUUCUUCUCCGAGGAGAAGUGCGCCGACAUGCAGGCGCAGAUCGCGCCGUGCCUGGCGCUCGUCAACAAGUGCAACACGCCCAUGCACGACUCGCGCUUCGACACGCUGGCCUGCAAGAGCGCGCUGACGUAUUGCGAGGCCGCGCUCUCGGACCCGUGGACGGACACGGGCAUGUCGGCGUACGACUGGUCGCACAUGGGCGACUACGAGCAGGAGGAGUGGGUCGCGGCCUUCCUCAACGACCCGAAGACGCACAAGGCGCUCGGCAUCGACAAGCGCGGCGCCGGCGACAAGCAUGACGGCGUCUUCAUCGGCUGCUCUGAUGCCGUGUACAAGCACUUUGCCUCGACGGGUGACGGCGCCAAGGACACGACGUGGGCCAUCAAGGAGAUCCUUGAGAAGGGCACGCGCGUGCUGACCUACUCCGGCAAGCGCGACUUCAUCUGCAACCACCUCGGCAACGAGGCCUGGACGCUCGACCUCGAGUGGAGCGGUGCGGAGGAGUUCCGCAAGCAGCCGCUCGCGCCCUGGCUCGGCGCUGAGGACAAGGAGGCCGGCGUGUUCCGCAGCUACGGCAACCUCACGUUCGCGAUCGUCGACGCGUCUGGCCACUUCGUGCCGCUGGACCAGCCGGCCAACGCGCUCGUCAUGACGAACAAGUGGCUGCACGCCGGCGGCCUCGCCUAGAGCCUUCGGGCGAUGAAAUAGAAGCGCCACAUCGCGCACGCGCGUCGGGCCAGCCCGCCGGCAACGGCGCAUGCGCGGCCUCAUCACGCGCGGAGGAAGGAAACAGUCUAUGGUUAUCGAGCGCUGCGUGACAGAAGGAGCCCGUCGCCGAGGACGAGGCAGAGUGGGGUGCACCGGAGGCGGCGCUAUUAGAGAUCUCCCAGACGUGCCGCGCUCGUGUGAUGCGGCCAUCGAGGCGCUAUCGUGGCCGUCUGCCUUACUCGCGCGACAGGUCGCGGCCGUACGUCCACACCUGGACCCAAUUGAGCGCAACCUGAGUGC